AUUCAGGCUCGAGAGCCAGCACAAAAGGUUUCAGAACAAGCAGAGGUCAGGCUGGUUGGCCGAGGGCAGGCAGAAAUCUGCAACUUAUUCUGAAGAAGCGGUUCUUGAGAUCUCUGCUGGAUUUCAACAAGUGAGUAUAGGAGAAAGAGGCGGACGCAGAAGAGACCUCAAUGAUGCCGGCGUUAACACCCGACAGACGAUGGAGCAUGUCAAAGCUUCAAAGUCUGGAACAAGUGUCUCUCCUAUUCAGUUGUCUGCCAACUUCUUUCAUAUCCUGUCCCGCCCUCAACGGGUUCUAUACCAAUACCACAUGGACUUCAAGCCACCAAUGGAGUCCCGUCGCCUUCGAUCGGCCCUCCUCUUCCAGCACGAGCGAACUCUGGGCAAUGUUCACUACUUCGAUGGAGGGAUACUCUUUAUGCCGCAAAGACUUCCUAACAAGGUGCCGGCACACAUUGACAACAUUGACAAUUUGGGCUCGGAUAGAGCACAUGAAAAUGAACGGGCACAAUGUGUGCCAUGUGUUCAGGUGACUGUGCCGCAAAGUUUGACAGGUAAUGGUGAGAAAGUGGAGAUCAUUGUGACCCUGACGAAUGAACUGCCUCCAACGUCACCAGUUUGCCUGCAGUUGUACAUUAUAUUCAGAAGGAUUCUGCGACUCCUCGGCAUGCAACAGAUUGGACGCAAUUAUUACGAUGCCAAAGAUCCACUCAGCAUCCUGCAGCACAAAUUGACCAUAUGGCCAGGCUACACAACAGGCAUCUUGGAGUACGAGUCAGCCAUCAUGCUGUGUAUCGAUGUGAGCCACAAAGUGCUGCGUAGUGAGACUGUUCUGGAUUUUAUGAUCAACCUGAGGCAGAGGUGUGGACCUCAUUCCUUCACUGAUGUCUGUGCCAAGGAGCUUGUUGGACUCAUUGUUCUCACUGAGUACAACAACAAAACCCACAGGAUAGAUGACAUUGCUUGGGAUCAAACACCCUGCAACACGUUUACAAGGGAGGACACAGACAUCUCCUUCAAGAACUACUACAAAACCAGAUAUGGUGUGGAAAUCCAAGACAGCAAUCAAGUUCUCCUGGUCAGCCGCGUGAAGAGGCUUGCUCGAGGUCAAACACCUCCUGGACCAGCUUUGCUCAUCCCAGAGCUUUGCUACCUCACAGGCCUGACUGACAAGAUGCGAGCAGACUACACCAUCAUGAAGGACCUGAGUGCGCACACCAAACUGGUCCCAGAACAGAGGGCAGGACGCCUUCUCAGAUUUUCGGAAAACAUAAACAAGUGAGUGUCCUUGUGUUCUACUUGAGACGUGAUUGGUUGUCAAUUUUUCCCAACUACUGUUACCUUCAUUUUCUCUCUGCUCAGAGAUUUCUUUUUACAGCUCGUUCGAAAUGCGAUCCUUGGUUUGAACAAUCUCUUCAAUCUGCAAGUUCUGUUGCUCCAGUCGUCCUUUUUGUUGGGUGAUUUCCUGCUCAAAAGAUGAAAGCUGCAGUGUUUUGGCCUCCACAUUGGCCUCAGUCUCCUUCAAGCAGACAACUGUGCAGGCCAGUUCCUUUUUUAAGCAGCCAAUUUCAAGCUCCAGCUCAU